AAACCAAUGCGGCAAUGCCUAUCGACCAAACAUUUUGUUUUAUUGUGUGAACCAACUCCACGCAUUCCUCUUCCUAAUCUCAAUUCUCAUCAAUCUCAAAGAUUCCAAAACAAUGCCUGUCGGAGAGGUGAUUCUAGGCGCAUUUCUUCAGGUACUCUUCGAGAAGCUGGCAUCGGCUGGAAUAAGCCAGUUUCUUAAGUUGGCCAAGAGGAAGAACAAGAAGAUAGAUGCUAAUACCAUACAAAAAUGGGAACAUACCCUUAGAAUGAUUGCAGCACUGCUUACUGACGCUGAACAUCGGCGUCAAACUGAUAAUGGCGCUUUUUUGAAGAAAUGGUUUGAAGACCUCGAAGACUUGGCUUACGACUUGGAAGAUAUACUGGACGAAUUCGCCACUAAUGCUCAACUCUAUAUGCUCCAGAAGGAGGCUCAGCAGGAAGAUGAUCAUGUUCGCGAUGCUCUCAUCACCGGGUUUUUCGACUCUGCUAAACAUAAGGUUAAAAGCUUUUUAGCUCGUGGUUCUACUUCUACCGCCGGACAACAAUUUCAAUAUCCUAAGGGAGACCUUCCAUCAAGAAUCAGAGAAAUUAGCAUCCGCUUAGAACGUAUUCACACUCAGGCUAGAGAUUUUGGCCUUAUAGCCAAUAGCAUCAUACAGCAACAGACACACCGAACAGAAGCAUCAAAUGCAAGCUGGCGACAGUCCACAUCUUUAGUUUGCGAAAAAACUAUUUAUGGAAGGAAUGACAAGAGAAACGAGAUUAUUGAGAAGUUGUUGAAGGAUGAGCCCAGUUAUGAAAAUGUUGUUGUCAUUCCUAUUGUAGGAAUGGGAGGCGUUGGGAAGACCACUCUUGCUCAAUAUGUAUUCAACGAUGAGCAACAGUUGAAGGGUCACUUUGAUCUCAAGGCAUGGGUGUGUGUAUCAGACGUGUUUGAUGUCACACGUAUCACAACAGAGAUUUUGAACUCGUUCACCAAUGGUAAGCACAAUUUUAGCAGCUUGAAUCAGGCACAAGAAAACUUGAUGAAGGUGCUGAAAGGCAAAAAAUUCUUAAUCAUUCUUGAUGAUAUUUGGUCUGAGAAAUACAGUGAUUGGAAUGCACUCCAAACACCUUUCAGACAAGGGUUAAAAGGAAGCAGGAUUAUUGUCACUACAAGAAAAGAUCUCUCUGCAAAGAUGGUGAUUAGUAAUCCAACUCACAGCACCACCAUCUAUUUAAAACUUUUAUCUGAUGAUGAUUGUUGGUGCAUAUUUCAUCAGCAUACCAAUUAUGAUCUUGACCUUGCUGAGAUGCGGGAUGAUAUUGUAAAGAAGUGUGCAGGAUUGCCUUUGGCUGCAAAAGCUCUAGGGGGUCUCAUCAAAUGUACAGAGGAUAAGCGCCAGCGUCAAAGUAUAUUAAAGAGUAGUAUUUGGAGCGAGAAGAGCGAUGUUUUACCAGUUUUACGGUUGAGUUACCAUCAUUUGUCAUCUAAUCUGAAGCGCAUCUUUGCAUACUGCUCUGUACUUCCUAAAGAUUACAAAUUCGAUGAGAUGGAAGUUGUCAAGUUGUGGAUGGCUCAGGGUUUUAUACCAGAAGACAAUAGCGAAAAAAUGGAAGAUGUAGGCCAUGACUACUUUUUUGAUCUAGUAUCAAGGUCAUUGUUUGAAGAAUGCUCCCCUUCUGAUUAUUAUGGAGGAAGACCAGGUCCAAGGAAGUUCAUCAUGCAUGACCUUAUCCACGAUUUGGCUCAAUGGGCUGCAGGGGACAUGUGUUGUGUAAUGGGAGCUAUGAAUACACAAACAAAUCCGAAAAGAAUUCGUCAUAUAUAUCUUACUGAGAAUGAUGUUGAUGAAAUGCUGGGAAAUAAACUCUUGAAUCCUCCUCAAUUGCGAACUUUACUUUGUCUUCCAGUACUCCCGAAAUAUGUUUAUCUUGUUGGCCUGAAAAUUGAAGUUCUAGAAUGUGUUCAAAGAUUUACGUAUAUACGCGUUCUGCUUCUAUGUUCUGAAAUAAUUGAAGUGUUGCCAGAGUGUAUUGGUGACUUGAUACACCUGCGGUAUCUUUUGCUCAAUCUACCAAAUGUUAGAGUAUUGCCAAAAUCAAUUAGCAAACUCUGUAACCUCCAAACACUGGACUUGCGAGGUUGUGAAAACCUUCAAAAGGUUCCAGAUGUUAGGUUCCUGAAAAAACUUCGACAUAUGCACAUUGAAAGGACUAGUUUGCAAGAAAUGCCAUUGGGAAUGGCAAGAUUGAAAAGCCUGCAAACUUUGGAUAGAUUUGUCUUAACAGCUGGGUGCGGAUCCAGGUUACAGGAGCUGAGCAACUUGCUUCAACUCAAUGGCAAAUUAAGCAUCUGCAGAUUACACAAUGUGACAAGCGUUGAGGAUGCACAUAAAGCCCAAUUGCAUGAAAAAAAGGGUCUCGAAAAGCUCCAUCUAGAAUGGGAGUCUUGGAGCGAUGAGAUUGAUGACAACACUAAAAUACAAGUGUUAGAGCACCUAAAUCCUCACACUUCCAUCAAAAAAUGUUUCUUAAGAGGGUACUGGGGCUUGACAUUCCCAACAUGGUUGGGAGAUUCCUCUUUUAGUCUCAUGGUUAAUAUAGAGCUCGUGGAUUGUAAGAAAUGUGAAAGCAUGCCUUCACUAGGGCAGCUACCCUCGUUGAAGAAUCUUAGGAUUCAAGGAAUGGAUGGUAUUAAGCAGGUAGGGUUGGAAUUUUAUGGGAGUCUUGGGUGUUCAAUUUCUUUUCCCGCUCUGGAAACUCUAAGUUUUUACGACUUGGAAUCAUGGGUGAAAUGGGUGCACUUACCAGUUGAAAACAACAAGGCAUUCCCCUGCCUUAAAGAGCUUUCAAUUACAAGUUGUAAAUCUUUACAGGAUGAUCUCCUUCCGAAUUUACCUUCUCUUAAAGAACUCCUUAUUCAAUCUUGUCCAUCUAUUACCUCUAUUAGUCAGAUUCCCUUGACCAUCCAAUCAUUGGAGAUUGAUAACUGCGAGAAGCUACAUGCUUUACAAUUCAUUGAAUUAGCAUCUUCCUCUUGUAGCGACAAGGAGAUUGAAGAUACAGUAAAGCCACAUGGACUCUCUGCAAAGGUUGGAUCUCAACUUCCCCAUGACACCAAUGUGAAAAUAAUAAAAUGCCCUAAUCUCAUAUCGUUACUAGAAGGUUUUCUGUGCCCAGCUUUAAAACAGCUUGAAUUCAGAGAUUGCAACAAUAUGGAAGGUCUUCCUAGCCAGAUGCACAAGUUUACCAACCUCCAAUCAUUAUCCAUUCAAAAAUGUCCAAGAAUCGAUUGCUUUCCAGAAGGGGGUUUACCCAAAAACCUGAAAAAUCUUGAAAUUGAAGGUGUACACAUAAAGCAGCCUGCACAACAAUGGGGGUUGCACCUCCUUAAUUCACUUUAUGAUCUUACCCUUGCAAAUGUAGGUAGGUCCUCAGACUCAGCAGAGUGUAGUUCUAGUCCGUGCUCGGAUCUUCAUCUACCGUCUUCCUUGUCUGUGUUAUACAUCACAGAUUUCCCAAAUUUGAAAUCCAUAUCCUGCGGCAGUACCAGUCCCAACCUCACUCUACUUCGGGUCAUUGAUUGCGCAAAGCUUGAAUCCUUGGCUGGUGACGACUUAACCUUGCUUACUAGUCUAUCACUUAAAAAUUGCCCAACAUUCUUUCACUACUUAUUAGGCGGUCCACCCAUCAUCAGUUCCAACUCUCGUAUUGGUGACUUGACUUUGCUUACACGUCUAUCAAUUUGGGAUAUGACCAACAUAGACAAGUCGAUACGAGACUGGGGAUUGCACCUUCUAACUUCUCUUCAUUAUCUUACACUUCACAAUUUAGGCAGCUCCACAGAUUCAAUAGAGUGCAUCCCGGGUCCAGAUCUUCAUCUUCCCUCUUCCUUGAGGUUCUUAUAUAUCAUCGGUUUCCCAAAUUUGAAAUCCUUAUCAUGUCGUUCCAGCUUUCCCAACCUGUUUAGGUUGUCUAUCCAGUGUUGCCCCAAGUUUGAAUCCUUUGGUGACAAUGACCUUCCUUCAUGGCUUAAACAUGUGUAUAUUUAUGAUUGUGAUUUGAUAGAACAACAUCUAAAAAGCAAUCCUGUACACCGUAUAACUAUAGGCUCGGAAUAUCAUCCUCCUUCCUAUUAAAGUUGGAUCGAUUUUGUCUGCUAGCAAAUUAUGUGAAGUUUUCCCGGACUUGGAUUGGUUUCACAGAGGAAGCAUUUUGUAAUACCUGGUCUUUUCUUACGUUUGCAUCUCCUUCAACAAUCCUUUUUAGCCAUGGGUACUGAACAUUUGAAGAGCUUGUACUACUAGCAAGUUUUCUGCCAAAGUCAAAAAGCUUGAGACAUCUGCUUUAUAACACAAUAAUAUCACAUGAACAGGGAGCUAGGCAUCUUAGAGGAGCUCACUUACUGCAAUUGUCGUGGACUCGUGGUAAUCACAAUCUUAGUAUCGCGUCUAGGGAAGACUAUAUAGCAAUCAAGUAUGUAAUCAAAUAUAUUGCCUAGAUGAUGCUUCUACUUGCAGUCUUGGACUUCUACGAUGGGUUUCAAUGUGUCCUUUCAGGACCUGCAAGAGGCUGUGAGUGGCAAAAAAAUGUGUUCCAAUUAAAUCUUGGCGAUUCUUAUUUGUGGCACUUCCAUGUGCUGUGCAGCGGUGCUCCUCAGAAUUCAUUUCACAUAUGACCAAGCAUGGGAUAAAAAGCUUUAACAAGAGUUCAGAAUACUCCUGAGACAUUCACGACAGCUUGAGGAUUACUUAUGUCAUUGGCAAAACAAUUAUUCAGAAGAUAAUGCUGAUAAGUAAUAACUAUGGAAGAAAUUUCAUUUUCUACCUCUGAACUUUAUGCAGUGGCUGAUAAGAUUUUCAUGUCACUUGAUAACAACGCUAUGUACAAUAUGCAUUUCUAAGUGAGUGCUCACUAUUUCCAUGAACAACAUCUGAAAAGCAAUCCUGUACACCGUAUAACUAUAUGCUCGGAGUAUCAUCCUCCUGUAUUUUGACUAUUAAAGUUGGAUGAAUUUUGUCUGCUAGUCAUGUGAAGUUUUCCAGUGCUUGGUCGGACACCUGGAUUGGUUUCUCAAAUGAAGCAUUUGGUAAUACAUGUUCUUUUCCUAAGCUCACAACUCCUUCAACAAUUCUUUUUAGGCAUGCAGACUUGAGUAUUACUGGCCAUUUGAAGAGCUUGUAAUAUUAUCAGGUCUUCUGCCAAAGUCAAAAACCUUGAGACAUCUGCUUUAUAAAUAAGCACAAGAGUAUCAUAUGAACAGGGAGCUACGUCUUAGAGCAGCUCACUUACUGCAUUGUCGUGGUAAUCACAGACUUAGUUCCGCGUUUAGGGAAGACUAUAUAGCAGAUGAUGCUUCUGGUUGCAGUCUUGGACUUGUACUAUGGGUUUCAAUGUGUCGUUUCAGGAACUGCUGAGAGGCUGUGAGUGGCAAAACAAUCUGGUUCAUUAGAAUCUUGGAGAUUCUUAUUUUGUUGUGGCACUUCCCGGUGUUGUGCUGCUCGAAUUUAUUUCACAUAUGACCAAGCACUGAUUACAGGGACUUUGGAUACACUCUAUAUGUGGGUAAUCAAUUGAAGCUCUAGUACGAGACAAUAGUUUUAUGCAUAGAUUGGGAAAAGAAGAGGAUACGAAAGCUUUUACAAGAAUUCAGAAUAACCCUGAGAUAUUCAUGCCAACUUGAGGAUUAUUAAGUCUUUGGCAAAGCAAUUAUUCAGAAGAUUAUGCUGAUAAGUGAUGCUAUGAAAGACAAUUUAUUUCUACUACUAAACUUUAUGCAGUGGCUGAUAAAAUUUUCAUGUCACUUAAGAAAAGCUCUAUGUACAAUGUAUAUCUCUGAGUGUUCAGUUGUUCACUAUUUCCAUAAAAUUUAUACAUACUCGUAUUUCCAACUA